AUGAAGAUCAAGACUAUUUCCAGGUCGUCAGAUACCUAUGUGCCUGUUCGAAAUACCCAGGAAAGUGCACUCCCGCGUAACCUUGACCCAUCCCUUCAUCCUUUUGAGCGGGCCAGAGAAUAUACAAAGGCUCUUACAGCCACCAAGCUGGAACGGAUAUUUGCCCAACCUUUUAUAGGACAAUUGGGUAAUGGACAUCGAGACGGUGUGUAUUCUAUUGCCAAGAACUUCCACAGUGUCAACAAGAUUGCAACGGGUUCCGGAGAUGGUGUUAUUAAGUACUGGGACCUCACUACAAGAGAUGAACUUUACAGUUAUAAGGCACAUUAUGGAAUGUGUUCAGGACUUGUUGUGACUCCAAGUCACAAGUUGCUUUCCUGUGGUAACGAUAAGACCGUGAAACUGUGGCAGGUUUACAACGAGGAUUUUGAGCCGGAGCAAGGUGAGUCGGAGUCGAGCACCCAGGGAUUGGAAAAAACAUUUUUGGGAGAACAUGCUUUCCAGUCUCUGGACCACCAUUAUAGCGACAGUUUGUUUGUGACAGGAGGAGCUACCAUCAACUUGUGGGAUAUUAACAGAAGUCGGCCUGUCUCUGACCUUUCGUGGGGAGCAGACAACAUUUCCACUGUGCGGUUCAACUUGACAGAGACGUCUAUUCUUGCCAGUGCAGGUUCAGACAACUCUUUGAUUCUCUACGACAUCCGUACCAAUUCGCCUACCCAGAAAAUCAGAACCAGCAUGCGCACAAACUCUAUCUGUUGGAACCCGAUGGAAGCUUACGUCUUUGCGUCCGCCAGUGAAGACCACAACGCCUAUCUAUGGGAUAUGAGAAAGAUGUCUCGAUCUAUUAAUGUUUACAAGGACCAUGUUUCCGCCGUCAUGGACGUUGAUUUUUCCCCAACUGGUCAGGAAGUUGUCACUGGAUCGUAUGACAAGACCAUCAGAAUUUAUGGAUACAGAAAGGGACAUUCCAGAGACGUUUACCACACCAAACGGAUGCAACAUGUGUUUAUCACCAAGUUCUCUAUGGAUAGCAAGUACAUUUUCUCUGGAUCUGAUGAGGGAAACGUUCGUAUCUGGCGUACCAAGGCCAACGAGCGUGCUGGACCAAAGUCCACGAGACUUAGAAACAAAUUGGAGUACGAUGAGAAGCUGAAGGAACGGUACGCUAACAUGCCUGAGAUCAGAAGAAUCCAGAGACACAGACAUGUUCCUACUGUUGUGAAAAAGGCUGGUGAGAUCAAGAGAAUCGAGAUCGACAGCUUGAAACGUCGCGAAAACAACGAACGCAGACACUCGAAGAACAAAGAGUACAAGAGCGAGAGAGAAAAACAUAUUGUUGGUCAGGUGCACAAGCAGUAG